UGUGUCAUGAAAUUGCCAUUCGUUUCUGCUCUAUAUACCUGGGCAGAUAAAACAUAUUUUCCAAACAUAUAUAUACAGAUAGAUAGUAGUAUAUAUCAACCGACGUGAGUGUACAUAUCACGACACAAAUUGGUUUUUUACAUCCCCGCCCUUAGCAAAUUUUUCAAGCUCAAUAUGUCACUUUGGUCGCACCUGGAGCCAAUGGAGUGGUGUAAGGCAGUCUACAGGGACUGUGAUUCGUGGUCAUUCGUCAAGUGUUCCCUGGCCUUCUGUGCCGGAGUGCUCCUGGUUCGUAGCCUCGAUGGAAAAUUGCCGGACGGCGGCUUGGUUUUCGAAAUUAAGACCUAGAAAUGAUCAUAAUGCUGGUCAUCCCACCAAAUUGACGUCGAAGAAAGGAAACUGUUUUUCUUAACUGGAAAUCAAAAUAAUUCAAAGAUUUUGUAUUGUCACGGCAGUCUUACUUGUUGAUAUAAAACAAAUUAAAAAGUUGUAAAUGUUAA